AUGUUCGCCGUGCGAGAAUCUGCUACGGCUGUGAAGAUCAAGAAGAACUUCAAGGAGUAUAAGCAGCUGCGCACUGAUACUGUUAUGGAAGGAAUUGACGGUGGUCCAUUGUUGGCUGCUCGAUCAGCGUCGAGCCUGUGCUUCUACGACUGGGAGACUGCACAGCUGGUACGGCGAAUAGAAAUUGCAGCAAAACAUGUAUACUGGAGUGACAGCGGAGAAAUGGUUGCCAUCUGUGGUGAGGACACAUUCUACGUGCUCAAGUACAAUGCGGAUGUUUUCGCUAGUGCUUCUCCUGAUGAAAUCACCGAAGAUGGUGUGGAAGACACGUUUGAAGUUGUUGGUGAACAAGCCGAAGGAGUGAAAACGGCUUUCUGGAUUGGAGACUGUUUUGUGUUCACAACCUCUUUGAAUAGACUCAAUUACUAUGUAGGAGGAGAAAUAGUUACUAUUGCUCAUAUGGACAGACCUCUAUAUUUGCUCGGAUAUAUGGCCAAGGAAUCGCGUGUAUAUGCUGUAGACAAGGAGCUGAAUGUAGUUUCAUACAAGCUGCUGCUUUGUGUGUUGGAAUACCAGACAGCCGUAAUGCGAAGGGAUUUUGAAACUGCAGACAAGGUGCUGACAACCAUUCCCAAGGAACAACGUACUCGUGUUGCACAUUUCCUCGAAAAGCAAGGUUUCAAGCGUCAAGCCCUCGCCGUGUCGCAAGAUCCUGAUCACAAGUAUGUUCCCACUUACGCGUUUUGUCUGAAUGGGCUUUUGUUCUGCUGGAAUGUUCUAUGA